AUGGAACAAGUCCAACGGAAGAAAAUAAUCAUAUUCGGGGGCACGGGAGCUCAGGGUGGUUCGGUCGUAAAAGGCAAGAAUCCCUUGAAAUCACUGUGUGAUAACCGGCAGUAUGAUGUCUCUAUUCUUACCAGAGAUUCCACUACACCCACUGCGACCCGGCUCAAGGAAACAUAUAACGUAACCCUGAUCCAAGGCUCAUACACUACCGAAGAAGGCCUGCGCGCUGCCUUGAAGAGUCAGCAAAUCUGCUUCUUCUCGCUAGACAGCUUCAAUAUUGGAGAACCCGAGGAAUACUUUUGGACAUUCCGGGCAUACAAAAUCGCUGUGCAGGGGGGCUUGGAGUGGUUUAUAUACAGCGGCACGAUCGAUCGGUUCGCUAAAUAG